AUGACAACCCCUGAACAGGAUGAGUUCCAGAACCCAGGCUGUACCAUCAUGACCUUCUGCCCAAACAUGGAAGAAUUCUCAGACUUCAGCAAAUACUUCGACUACAUGGAAUCCCAAGGGGCACACCGAGCUGGACUGGCCAAGGUCAUCCCACCAAAAGAAUGGAGGGCCAGGCAACCUUAUGACAAUAUCAGCAACAUCUUAAUAGCAACUCCCCUGCAGGAAGUGGUCUCUGGGCAGGCAGGUGUGUUCACCCAGUACCAUAAGAGGAAGAAAGGCAUGACAGUGGGGGAGUACCGUGAGCUGGCCAACAGCAAAAAAUACCAGACCCCGCCACCCCUGGAUUUUGAAGAUUUGGAGAGAAAAUACUGGAAGAAUCGCCUGUUUGGGUCACUGAUUUAUGGUGCUGACGUCAGCGGCUCCCUGUUUGAUGAGAACCCUCAACAUUGGAACGUGGGCCACCUGGGAAGCCUUUUGGAUGUGUUGAAGCAGGACCGCGGCAUAGUGAAUGAGGGCGUCAAUACGCCAUACCUGUACUUUGGGAUGUGGAAGACCACCUUUGCAUGGCACACGGAGGACAUGAACCUGUACAGUAUAAACUACCUGCACUUUCGGGAGCCCAAAACCUGGUAUGCUGUGCCCCCUGAGCAUAGCAGGCACCUGGAGCUCCUGGCCAGGGCACUUUUCCCUGGCAGCUCCCGGCACAAGGUGGCGCUCAUCUCACCCACUGUGCUCAAGGAGAAUGGCAUCCCCUUUGGUCACAUCACCCAGGAGGCUGGGGAGUUCAUGGUCACCUUUCCCUAUGGCUACCACGCGAGCUUCAACCAUGGCUUCAACUGAGCAGAGGCCAUCAAUUUCGCCACCCCAAGGUGGAUCGACUAUGGCAAGGUGGCAUCUCAGUGCAGCUGUGUGGAGGCCAGGGUGAGCUUCUCCAUGGAUGCCUUUGAGGGGUUCCUGAAGCCUGAGAGCUAUGAGCUGUGGAAACAGCAAGGGGAUCCUAGAGCUAUGCACCACCUGGAGCUCACCUCCUGCCCUGGGCAGGAGCUGACCCAUGGGGCCUACACACUGGAUCAGGGGAAGCUCACUUCGGCCCAGAGGCGUUCCCAUUCCGGACCCCUCAGGAGUCGGGUGAGCAGAGGUCACAAGAGCUGUCCUUACACAAAGGUACACCCAGAGUCCCCGUGCCUUUUCCCAUCCAAGCUUUUGGCUCCUCCACAAGGGCCAAGAUUCUCCAAGCAAGCUUCUGGAGCCUCCAGGAUGCCUGUCGAUUCUGUUGAUGUUAUAGCUGUGAAGCACUCACAGGCCUGUAGAAUCUUGGAUAGAAGCCCCAAAGUCUCCCUGCCGCUCACGGUGGUGGAUAUGAACUCUGUACAUGCAGGAUCACCUCCUACGUCUGAGGCCAUUUGGCCACAAAUGGACAUUCCUGAUCACAUGGACAAACAGCUGUCUGAGAUGUUGACGAAUCAAACUCCACUUUAA